CGAAAGGCGUCUUGCUCUUCAUGGUAUGAAGGAAAUGGAUCAUUUUUUGCUCUCAACUCUUGGGUUUCCUGCACUUGGAUUGUUUUGCUACCGCUUCUUGUGCUCUAAAUCUUUGCCUCCAGGUCCGCCUUCUUUUCCCAUUGUGGGAUCGCUCUUCAGUCUUCGGCAGCCACUCCACAGGCACUUCGCUGAGCUGAGCAGGAGAUAUGGGCCUCUCAUUUACCUGAAAAUUGGGAUGGUGCCCUUCCUGGUGGUCAACGAUGCAAGAACAGCAGAGGUGGUGUUCAAGGUCCACGAUGUGGAGUUUGCUGAUCGGGGGAGGUCUGAGUACUUCAGGCUCUUCAGCUUCGACUGGAAGGACAUGGUAUUUGGACCUUACGGCAAUUUGUGGAAGAGGAUGAGAAAGAUAAGCGUGAUGCAUCUGUUCAGCAACAAAAUGGUCAAUUCAAGCACGGAUUAUAGGAGGUCCGAGCUUCAGAUUGCAAUCCAGUCAAUUCUCCAGUGCCACAAACAAGGGAAGCCUGUCAGGGUGCGAAAGAUUAUGGGGAAUUAUGUUUCUGGUAACACCAGCCUGACACUCUUUGGCAAGAAAGGCUUGGAAGCAGCCGUGGGAAUCCUUGAUCAGAUGUCGUCUCAGGCUCUGAACUUGAAUGUGGGGCAGCUCAUUCCCGCACUGGAUCGGUUCGAUCUGCAUGGGAUGAAUGCGAAAAUGCAAAACAAGUUCCUCCCACCACUGAAAGCUAUAAUUGACGACAUAAUCGAGGAACACAAGCUGAACAAAGCUCAAGUCGGCUCGGACAAGUUCGUUCCGAAGGACUUCACGGACGUCCUCAUCUCGCUAGAGAAGGAAGAUGCUCUAGAAGACAUCUCCAUUGUGGCAUUACUAGCGGAUAUGAUUGCUGCAGCGCUGGAGACGACCAUCUCAGCACUCGAAUGGAUGAUGGCUGAAAUAGCCAACAAUCCUCAAGUCGUGAAGAAAGCCCAGGAUGAACUUGACAAAGUGAUUGGAAAAGGCCGGCUUGUUGAAGAGAGCGAUCUUAUGAGCUUGCCUUACAUUGAAGCCAUUGUCAAAGAGACUCUUCGUCUGCAUCCUCCGUUACCGUUGGCCCUUCCUCAUUUCAGCCGGAAAGAGGCGAUGGUAAAUGGUUAUAGAAUCCCAGCAGGAUGCACAAUGCUCAUCAACAUCUGGGCAAUAGGCCGUGACCAGACAUACUGGAGCGAGCCUGAGGUGUUUAGACCGGAGCGUUUCUUGAAGAACCAAGCCGGCAUAAUUGGUCAGAACUUCAACGUCAUUCCCUUCUCAGCAGGCCGAAGGAGGUGCCCAGGCUACCCUCUGGCGCUGCGUUCAAUGGGUUUCGUUCUGGCUUCACUAUUACAAGCCUUCAACUGGAACCCCGAAGGAAAAAUCUGUCUGGAAGAGGACAAGGGAACAGUGACCUCGCACUUGGCUUCAGAGCUCCUGCUUGUUGCCUCUCCAAGAAUCGAGGAGCACCUUCUGAUUCCUGCAUAA